AUGUCUGAAGUUCAACAAACCCCUAACCACAUGGCUCCCAAGAUCAAGAGCAAGAGAAAGACUUGGUUGCAGCAUCGAAGACAAGUACAGAUCGAAAGAGAAAUUGCAGAGCAGCCCGACCAAAGCGCAGAAGACGACAUGUCGCCGUCCCAGAACUUCGAAGGCGCUCAACGCAGAGCGAGCGUUCAAGGCACCGACACCACGACUCUCAUGACCCCUCCCAUCGAGUUCGAGGAGUGGUCAACUAAGAGCUGCCCACCUUCUGCCAUCCGCAAUGCUCACAAUCCACCUGCCGCCAGAUCUACGACUCCUGAGAGCAUCGAGGCUGCACCACGAGUCAGCACUCCCAGAAUUAUGGAGAUCGCCUCGCAGACAGCACCCAAGAUCACAAUUACCACCGAUCCGACCCCUGUAAGCCACAUCUCAAGAACCACGAUCAGCACCACAGCUCCCAGCAUGAGCGAACACCAGAUCUUUGCUAUGCUGGCUGGCCACAACUUCUUCAUCCCACCUUCCGCUUCACUUAACACCACUUCGCUCAUUCUUUUCAAGCACGACACACCAUCUCUCGAACGCUUCCGUUUGCUCCACAACCAGCUGUUCAUCGAGCUAGGCCGUGUGGUUGAGGAGCAGUUGCAGCCUCCUCCUUUCCCAGAGACCAGCACCGAGGCAUAUAGACAGAGAGAAGAACUCAUGCUGGGAUUGCUGACCGAGGUUGUUCCGGCUCUGAACCAUCUUACAGAGAGGGUGGGUAAGGAAGUCAAGUCCGGCAUCCAGAAGCACCAGGCAGGAUUGAGACUGUGGGCUGGAGAGAGGGGCCAGAAGGAGGAAGGCCCUUGA